AUGUUCCACCUCGUCGGCUGUGUACUGCUGGUUGGAGUUAUAGGUAUCGCUAAGACGUGUGGUGCUCGUGGCGGUCCCGAGGAGAGCAACCCGUUUGAGGAUGUGAACCCCUUUGGGGGCGCCUGGGGUGGGUCUGAGGACGUUGAUGCUGCAGAGGAUAUCCCAGGGGGGAUCGGUGCUUGGCGAGGCGACUCGCUGGCUGGGGAUAAUAGUGGCUUGGGUGAGGGAGGCCCUGGGGAGGAGCCAACUGCUUGGGGUGAAGACUCUCGUCCUGGAGAUGGUGAGGAAACAUCGGAUUCAUGGGUGGAAGACCCCCCGGUAGCCUCCGAUAGCUCGAUGUCGAACCCCUUUGGUGGUGAGGGAGGAGGUGGAGAAGGAGAUGGAUCGGAUAAUGCUGCCGACAGGCCUCCGGAAGGUGCCAGUGGGAACCCCUUUGGGAGCGCUGACGCUAGCCCCUUUGGGAGUGCUGACGCUAGCCCCUUUGGGAGUGCUGACGCUAGCCCCUUUGGGAGUGCUGACGCUAACCCGUUCGGCGGUGCCGAUGCUAAUCCGUUCGGGGGUGCUGGUGAAGACUCCUCUAACAGUGCUGGUAGAGAUGCUCUUGGUAGCCCCAAUGGAGCCUUGGGCAGUGCAUCCCGUGGCGUCUUAGAUGGAGUCGUUAGUGGUCAGGACGGAUACCCCCUCAGCCGUGCAGGCGGAGGCUUCCGUGGUAGCCCAGGGGAAGCAUUGGAUUCUGGCGGUGUUCUAGAUGGACCACGGCGCGAUAGUUUGGACUCUCUCGGUGGUCCUGGCAGUACUGAUAGACCCACGAGCACUACGUCCGCUCAGCCGACUGCGUUAGCAGGCUUACCUGCCAACGUGGGCAUCGUCCCUUCGCUUCCAACUCGUGCCCCCAGCAGUGGAUCCUCGGGUUCGGGCAUGAACCCAGUGACAAGAGGAUCUCCUGAAGGCAGGCCCAAGAGGGACUUGAGGACCCCACUGGCUGAGAGUUACCGUUUCACUGAUAAGAGUCUCAACCCCUCAUUGGGCGAGGAGCUGGAGUUUGCCCCCGACCCUUGGAGCGAUGGCAUGGGUGGAGUUACUCGUAAAGAUGUAGGAACGAUGGCCACAGGUAACGGUAACUGGAUUUGA